AAUAAAUAAAUAAAUAAAUAAAUAAAUAAAUAAAUAAAUAAAUAAAUAAAACUACCCCCAAAAGAAAGAAAAAGGAAGAGAGGGAAGGAAAGAAAGCUGAGCAAGCCAUGUGGAACAAGCUAAUAAUCAGCACCCCUGGCCUGUUCAUCAGUUCCUGCCUCCAGCUCCCCUCCCUGUUUGAGUUCCUGUCCUGACUUCCUUCAGUGAAGGACUGUGGACGUGGAAGUAUAAGAUAAAUACUCCACCUCUCCCCCGCCCCCGCUGCCUCCUGCUUUGGUCAUGGUGUUUCAUCACAGCACUUUCAACCCUAACUAAGACCAGAAGACAAAAACGGCAGCAGGUCCCUUAGGCAGCAAUACUGACGAGUUCCAAUGAACAUGAAAAGUAGCCGGCAUCUGCAGUAGGGGCUCCCAGCCGAACCUCAGUCCCAACACACCCGUGCUCUCUCCCCAAGGCCUCUCUGCCUACUGCCAGCAUGUAGACAUGUCUUGAUUCUCUCUGUCCCUAUAUUCAGAAGGGAUCUUUUCUGUGGAUUCUAAUAUAGUCAUUCACUAGCGAUUCUUUUUACCAUAGGCUGUCUCGAUGUGAUCAGUUCAGGAAGGUUUAGGCUAUUUCUCUCCAAACAAUAUUUCAUAUGCAUUUUAGCAAAAACUUAUUUCCAUAGUGUGUUACUUUACUUCUAUUUAUAAAAUAUGCCAGGCACUUCAGAACAUUUCUUACUUAGCACUUUCAAAUACACACACACACACACACACACACACACAUAUACACACACAUAAUGUUGGGAUAUUUAAAAACAAUGUCUUCUCCACGUGACCCAUCUGGCUCCCUUUCUGCUCAGCCCUCUAACCUACAGAACAGUGACAGUGUCGCUCCUGAGGUGCCAGAGGCAGCCUAAACAACUCCAUUUCAGGGUCACUUCCAGAAGACACCCCUCCAGCUUGACUAGACCAACACAUGUGAAUUCCCCUCCACUUUACCCUGCGUGGGCAAGCCCUACAGCUAGAUGCCUAGAUUUAGUUCAAGUUUUUAAAAAGAUUUAUUUAUGUAUUAUAUAUACAAUGUUCUGCCUCCACCCCUGCAGGCCAGAAGAGGGCACCAGACCUCAUUACAGAUGGCUGUGAGCUACCAUGUGGUUGCUGGGAAUUGAACUCAGGACCUUUGGAAGAGCAGCCAGUGCUCAUAACUUCUGAGCCACCUCUCCAGCCCUACUAGACUAAGCUUUUGUUGCAGUGGUUCUCAACCUUCCUAAUGUUGUGAACCUUUAAUACAUCCCUCAUGCUGUGGGGACCCCCAACUGUAAAAUUAUUUCAUUGCUACUUCAUAACUGUAAUGUUGCUACUGUUAUGAAACAUAAUGUUGAGAGCAGCUUUCUCAUCCGAUAUAUGCAGACCUUCUACAGUAAGGUUCAUUAGCAUUUCCAGCUGGCCACUAAGUGGAAUCAAGUGAUCCCAAUGCUGGAGAGGUGGAGGAAGCUGAGGCAGGAAGACCCAUGGGACCCAGCCUAGCUUACCUGGUGAGUGACAGGUACCAACGAGAGGCCCUGACUCAAAACUGCAAGGAAGCUGAGGAAUGACGUGCAAAACUGACCUCUGGUUUUAGAUGUUACACACAUGUUAGGAUACCCAUGUGUGUGCGCGUGCGCGCGCGCACACACACACAUACACACACAAAUGCAAAAGACCAGUAAGACUCAGUCCUCUCUAAUUUGGUCUAUAGAUCAGUGAGACCCCUCCCACAUAAGAGACAACAACAAGGUUUGUUUGGUUUGUUUUUAAUGGAUCUAGGACAUGAAAGUUCAAGAACCCACAGUAUAUUUAUGAGGGAAAAUCAAGGCGUGGGACUUGCUCUGUCAGGUACUGAAAGUUUCCUAAUGUUGGGGUGAUGAAAAUUGUGGUUUGGAUGCAGGGAUGUAAAAAAAAAAAAUUACCAGAGGAACAAGCAGGAAGAGUAAACGUGAGAAUUCUGGGAAACCUCUAUUUUGAUUUGAUCAUUACACACUGCCAAUGUGUCAAAUCAUCACACACACACACACACACACAGAAGGACAGUUGUUCUAGCACAGUCUUUGUUCACAUAAGCUAGCCGGGAGGUGUCAAAUCAUCACACACACACACACACACACACACACACACACACACACAGAUGGACAAUUGUUCUAGCACAGUCUUUCUUCACAUAAGCUAGCUGGGAGGUGAUCUAUGGCACUGCUGUAAUGGAAGAGCAUACACAUCUUCAUAAUUAUAUUGAGACGUCAGUUUCCAUACUAAAAAAAAACUAAUAGGAUAGAUACAUGUUUGAUACGAGGUACAAAACUGCAGGCAAACAUAGCCAACAUUUAGAAAAAAAAUUAUCUUAAAGAACUUGUAGAGGAAUGAUUUUUAUCAUUCAAAGUAAUGAUAAAUUUAAAAAAAAUGAAAAAGAACCCAGAAAAUGUUAAAGAGAUGAAAAGUUAGCAUGAAGGACCUUAUAAACUCAGAGCUAGGGCUUUCUCUGCAUAAAUUCUGAGUUUUCACGAUACUCCUGGCUAUCUAUAAUCGUGGUUCUUAUAGCAGCAAUGAAUAUAACGGGAGUCAUAGAAUAUUAUAGAGUUGUACUUUUUUGUUCUUGCAAUGCUCAAACAUAAAACUAGGGCUGGAGAGAUGGCUCAGCAGUUACUGACUGCUCUUCCAGAGUACCCGGGCUCAAUUCCCAGCACCCACAUGGCAGCUCACAGCUGUCUGUAACUCCAGCUAAAUAAACCAUAAAAAUUCUUUUAAAACUAUAAACAAAACUAUUACGUGUUGCCAUGUCAAAGACCAUGUCUAUGUGUCAUUAAAACUCAGAAAAUGCAAAUCGGUCAUUGGUUAGUCCCAUCAUCCCAGGAUUUAGGAAGCUAAAGCAGGAAGAUUAGCGUGCUUAAAGUCAGCUUGGGUCAGAGUGGGACCCUGUAUCACAAACAACGAAGAAUCGAACAAAAACAUCAGAAAUUGGGAGAUUUACAGUCACAACUUCCCCACACCUGAAUGCUGAAAUGAUGGAGAUGGUGCGAUUUGGGUACCCAGAAGGGUCUGGAGAAGUGAGCUUCAUGGAGUACUGCCCGGGCCACCGUGUCCCUGCGGGGGUGGGGGGUGGGGCUGAUGACCUCAGAGUGGGAAUACGCAUGCGCCUGAAGAGCAGGUGCGUGCGCUCACCCCAUGGGGCGGGGCUAAGACAUCACCGUGCGUGCCCAUAGCUUCAGCCAAUCAGCGGAAAGCUUGGUCGAGGCCACGCUGGAUUUUUUUCCCGCUCAAAGGCGAAGCUGCCUCAGAAGCGUCGAGGCGAGGCGGCGGAGGCCUCGAGUUGUCGCCAGGGCUGUUGACGUAAGGCGAUGGUGUCGAGGGAGCCGAAGGCCCGGUGACGGGGCUGCGGGAAGAGGGAAGAGGCCCCGGGCUGCCCUUCCUUCUCCAGGGAGGCAGAAGCUGGGCGAGACUGACGCGAUAAACCUCCCUGGCUGGUGGGGCGGGCAGGCCUGAGACUGGACCACUCCGGGUCGGUGGGGAGCUGAGAGGGCCCGAGAGGUCUGGGGUUGUCGGUCUGAGAGAGCCGGGGUCGUGGGCCCGAGGGGGCCGUGGGCCUGAGAGGCCUGGCGUCGUGGGCCUGAAGGGGCCGGGGUCGUGGGCCUGUGGGAGCCGGGAGCCGGGGUCGUGGGCCCGAGUGUCGGCCUGAGAGAGCCGGGGUCGUGGGUCUGAGGGAACCGGAGUCCUGGGCCGGGGGAGAGGGGGGGUUGGGGGGUGGUCGUGGGUCCGAGGAAGCCGGGGUUGGGAGCCCGAGGGGGCGGGGCCUUGGGGGAGCCAGGGUCGUGGGCCAGAGGGGGGCGGGUGUCGGCCCCUCCCCCCCCCAGGGAGCCGUGGUUGGGAGCCCGAGGGGGCGGGGCCUUGGGGGAGCCAGGGUCCUGGGCCCGAGAGGUCCUGGGGUCCUGGUCCCAAGGGAGCCGGGGUUGGGGCCUGAGGGAGCUGGGGGGGGGGUUGUCGUGGGCCCGACAGGGUUGGGGGCUGAGGGAACCAGGGAUCAUGGGCCCAAGGGAGGUAGGAGCCGAUGAAGGAAGUCGGGUCGUGGGCCCAAGGGGUUCGUCAGGGGAAUCAGGAGGUGGGAUCUCAGAAUUAGAAUUUGGGGUCUAGGGAAUUAGGAGAGGAGAGCUAAGGGAAUCAGGAGGCGAGGCCUGGGGAAUUAGGGGCGGGGAAAUCAGACUGACAGGAAUGGUCCAGAUAGGGUCCCGAGGACUCAGCUGGUGGAAGAGAAUGGACUCCUUCCCUUAACUAUGCCUUCCACACGUGUUUCUCCCCUCAAAUAAAUAAUAAAAAAAAUGUUUAAUUAAAGGAUGUCUUUGAAUUCAGAUUGAGAGAUUUGGGGGAUUUGCUUGGUUUUUUGUUUGUUUUUUAAAUAAGGACACUCUAAAGAUGGUGCCUGGUGGAAGAAAACAUUCUGGGAAAUCUGGGAAGCCAUCAUUGGUGGAUCAACCUAAAAAAGUCUUUGACUUUGAGAAAGAGGAUAAAGAUUUGACUGGCUCAGAGGAGGAUGUUGCUGAUGAAAAGAUUCUAGUAAUUGAGAAACAUGGGAAGAAAAGACCUGGAGGAAGAGUUGAAGAUGUGGGAGGUGAAGUACAGAAUAUGCUGGAAAAAUUUGGAGCUGACAUCAACAAAGCUCUCCUUGCUAAGAGAAAAAGAAUAGAAAUGUAUACGAAGGCUUCUUUCAAAGCCAGUAACCAGAAAAUUGAGCAGAUCUGGAAAACACAGCAAGAGGAAAUACAGAAGCUUAACAGUGAAUAUUCUCAGCAAUUUAUGAGUAUGUUUCAGCAGUGGGAACUGGAUAUGCAGAAAUUUGAGGAACAAGGAGAAAAACUAACUAACCUUUUUCGACAACAACAGAAGAUUUUUCAGCAGUCUAGAAUUGUUCAGAACCAGAGACUGAAAGCGAUCAAACAGCUACAUGAGCAGUUCGUAAAGAGUUUGGAGGAAGUGGAGAAAAAUAAUGAUAACCUGUUUACUGGCACACAAAGUGAACUUAAAAAAGAAAUGGCUAUGUUGCAAAAAAAAGUUAUGAUGGAAACUAAACAGCUAUUUGUUGUAAAAGAAAACCAACAUCGGGCUGGAGAGAUGGCUCAGCGGUUAAGAGCAUUGCCUGUUCUUCCAAAGGUCCUGAGUUCAAUUCCCAGCAACCACAUGGUGGCUCACAACCAUCUGUAAUGAGGUCUGGUGCCCUCUUCUGGCCUGCACACAUAUGCACAGACAGAAUAUUGUAUACAUAAUAAAUAAAUAAAUAAACCUUCUCUUAUUAAAAAAAAAAAGAAAACCAACAUCUUAUAAGAAAUUGUUUACAGCUUUGUGGAAGACUAUAUAUAAUAUUUAUAUAUCGUGAACCAUAAAAGAAUU